UGUUUAUUUAAUUGAAACUUGUAAAAUUUGAAAAGUGUAAAUUAUUUGAUUGAACUGAUUGGGUUUUACUGGGUUUCCCCAAUUCUUUGCAGCAAAUGCUGGUUCAAUAAAAGUAGCCCCAGAGAAAAAGGAAAAGAAUAAAAAUACAGCCAUUAGAAACGCACUCGUCUGAAAGUAAUUUUUUAUUUCAUUUAAUUUUAAAUCAGUUUGUAUCAGUGUGAUUUUUGAUACACACUUAUGCAAAUCUGUGUGUAUGCGAUAGUGAUGGGAGAUCUUGGAGAGCUUAUUAUAAAGUUAUCGUUCUAUUCGCUUGGAGACUACUAAUGAGUGCGGUUCGGUGGCUUAAUAAAUGAAGUGUCAAACAAGAAUAAAAUAAAUGUGUUUUCACUAAUUGGCUGAAGGGCUGGAUUAUAAUAAACAUAAACGUGAAUGAUAAUAAUAAAUUCAUUAGUAAUUAUCAAGGAAGACCACGUUCCAUCGUAUGGAUGGAGGUUAGGGCGUGUUCAAAGGGUUUAUCCUGGCUCUGAUGACAAAGUUCUCGUCGUAGACGUCCGCACGGCCCGUGGUAUCCUCAAACAGCCAAUUUCCAAAUUAGUUUUCCUUCCCGUAGACAAACAUGUCCAAUGUCUAUGCGUUCAAUGUCCAUAACUGUGAGAGUAAAGCGUAUCCACUAAUUAUUAUUUUUUUUGUUCUAUCCUCCAGUCGUUCUUUUUCUCUCUGCUUUUCUCAUCUCUUUGCGCCAGCCAUGCCGUCCCAUCGCAACCAACGCCGCCAGGUCAUCGACAGAUGUUCUCGAGGAACUCGAUCGUUCCGAUGCCGAGUCUGUCAGGGGAUUCACCCGCUUUGGACGUGUUCGCGGUUUCUCCGGCUAGAUGCAGAGCGGCGGCUCCGUGCGGUCCUCAUCAAUAAAUAUUGCCCGAACUGCUUGGCGCACCAGCAUUCCGGAGGCUCGUGCCGGAGUGAGUGUCGCUGCCGAGUAUGUGGGGACGCUCAUCACACCUUGCUACAUUUCCAUCGGCGGGAAAAGCGAGAGCGGUCUGCUAGCGCGGACAGGCCCAUCGAGACGCCAGAGCCGAAGGCCAACAUCGAGCAACCCCGCCUCUCGGCAGUGCUCUCCCACACUGCAACGGCCAUCCGUCAAUCUGCGGUUCGACAUCGGGGACAAGCGCUUUGAUGUGCGAGCCAUGGUAGAUGAGUGCUUUACUUCGAGCCGCAUUGACGGAUCACUGGCCGAGGCCAUGGCCCUCCCUAUCCUGGGAGUCGGUGAUGAGAGGGUGUGCAGAGCCACUCUCAUCCCGAUUCAUACAGAGACGCCACGGAUUGAGGUGGUGUUCCACGUCGAGGAGCAGCUGCGAAUGCGGACUUCUGCCCGAGAGCUGCCUGACGCCGCCAAAACAGUGUUCACCAACCUCAUCCUGUAGGACCCCAGUUUCCACAGGCCGGCUGGUACCUCCGUCGUGCUAGGUGCGGAUGUGUAUCCCACGCUCAUCCAACCUGGUGUCAUGGAUCAUAGCACAGAGCACGGUUCUAGGAUGGAUGCUCUCCGGAACAUACACCUACUGAUGCAUCGCGGAUUCUUUUGCAAUCUGUGGCAUUGCAAGGCGGGCGGGAUGUUUACUCCAGCUCCCGUGUGCCAGUUCCACGCGUCUCUAAAUGGAGAAGGGAAUCCACCCACUCUCUUUUGAAAAAGGGAGUAUUCUUCCAUUAGGGACCGCUGGCCACACCUUUUCUUUUUUUUACUUACUUUUUUUUUCUACAAGAACACGAAGACACGAUUUUGGAGCAACCUUUUUUAUACACAUAUAUAACCACUGAGUAAAGACUAUCUUUUGGAGAAACCACAACCCUCGCCUCUUCGUUUUCAAUUCAAGUCAGAACAAUCCAGUUCUCAGCCGCAACAACCCCCAGCAGCGUCAUUACUACAGAUAUAAAAUAAGAUACAUUGAUUCAUUCCGAUUUUAAAAUUCUUGAGCUCUUCUUGAUACAGAGCCAUUACUACAGAUAUCAAAUGAGAUACAUUGAUUCAUUCCGAUUUUAAAAUUCUUGAGCUCUUCUUGAUACAGAGCCAUUACUACAGAUAUCAAAUGAGAUACAUUGAUUCAUUCCGAUUUUUAAAUUCUUGAGCUCUUCUUGAUGCAGUUCGAAGACAUGAUAUUUGAGGAACACGUAACGCAGCUUAUAUAUUUGAAGAGCACUCUCGAGGAUUGGGAGGACAUCCACUCUACGUGCCAGUGUCAUAGGCUUUCGAUUCUAAGAGACGAGGCCUUCAAUAUUAUGUUAA